UAAAUUGAAGUUAAGGUGCAAGACUGCAAGUGAGUUCUUCCCGUUAAAAAAAAAAGAGUUCUUCCCUUCCUUUGCUCCUUCCACUCCAGGUCGGGAGAAUACCACUCAAGACAACGACCUAAAACUCUGCAGCGAACACUCUCUCGAACAGCAGAAGUGCAGAACAGGAAGCGUAAAGUUGCGAGUUGCGAGUUGCGACGGCUGAACUCUGAAGCGAAGUGAACCGCGCACGGCGCACCGCCACCCCCACCGCCGACUCGCCGGCCUCCCAACUCCCGAGACGCCCAUUACAUUUUUCAGUCAGUUUAAUCCUGGCUCCGCCACUGCUCUAUAACUAUGCCUGCACAUCGGUCUCUUUGUGCAACAGCAAGAGCAACUGGGCUCUCUCAUCUCCGGAAAUACAAAGUGAGAGUGGGAGUGACAGAGUCCGCCGCCUUCUCUACCUACAUUGACGCGCAUCAGCCAAUGCUGGUGCGUGAUUUCAUACAUGCGGCGCUUUAUCACCCUCGCAAUGGUUACUUCUCCAAAACCACAACGUCAGGUCCUGUUGGAGUCUUGGAGGCUACUAUCAAGUUCAAUCAGCUUCAAGGCAGGAAAGCUUAUUUGCAACAUCUAAACAAGAUUUACAAGCAAAGUCACAUAUCAUGGUUUACUCCCGUCGAGCUUUUUAAGCCUUGGUAUGCUCAUGGCAUAGCUGAAGCCAUUUUGCGUACUGCUAAUUUUUCAGUUCCUCUGAAAAUCUAUGAGAUAGGUGGUGGAUCUGGAACUUGUGCAAAGGGUAUAAUGGAUUAUGUAAUGUUGAAUGCACCACCUCGAGUUUACAACAACAUGACUUACAUAUCAGUGGAGAUAAGUCCUUCUCUAGCUGAAAUUCAAAAGGAAACUGUUGGUCAAGUUCAAAGUCACAAAUCAAGAUUUAGGGUUGAAUGUCGUGAUGCUGCAGAUCAAAAUGGAUGGGGUGAUGUACAACAGGAGCCAUGCUGGGUCAUCAUGCUAGAGGUGCUUGAUAACCUCCCCCAUGAUCUUAUCCAUUCUAAAAAUCAAGCUUUACAUUGGGAAGAAGUAUGGGUUGAGAAGCAGCUUGACAGGGAUGCUCCUGUGGAGUUGUACCGACCAUUACAAGAUCGAUUAAUUAAACUUUGCAUUGAGAUAUUGGCUGAGGAUAUCAAUGGCUCGGUAAAUAGACUGACAUCAGUUGCAAGAAGUAUUUUAUCUAAAGUGUUCCCUAAGCCUCAGCAGUGUUGGCUACCAACUGGCUGUUUGAAACUUAUGGAGGCUUUACAUAGUUCCCUGCCAAAAAUGUCGUUGAUUGCUUCAGAUUUUAGUUACCUACCUGAUGUGAGGAUACCUGGUGUGAGGGCUCCGCUUGUCUCAGCAAAGGUUCAUGGCCACAGCGUAGAUUAUGAGAGUUACCUGGAUGCAAAGGGUGAUGCUGAUAUCUUUUUCCCAACAGACUUCUGGCUUUUAGAGCGCAUUGAUCACUAUUGCUCCGGUGGAAUGCAACCAUGUCAAAAGAAUCCAGCCAAGGGCAGGAAGAAGAGGCGAACUAUUACACUUGAUACAUCUGCUUUCAUGGAAGAAUUCGGGCUGCCAUCAAAAACGAGAACCAAAGAUGGUUAUAACCCGCUGCUGGAUGACUUCAAAAAUACCAAGUUCUAUUUGAGUGUGCCGACUUAUAAUAUCAAAUAGAUUGGGAUAAGAUUUGCUGCAGAUUUUAAGUUGUACAAGCUUGCCUUUUCUUUUUCAAAUAGUUUUGCUAAUUGAUUAGUGUAAUGGGGGGUUGGGGGGAACUUUCUUCGCUCUGAAAUAAAUGAAACUAUUCUCUCAAAAAACUCUCAUAUAAAAGAAAGCGUUUCAUUUGUUUCAUAAUGGAGGAAGUAUCUAAAUGAAUGGUUGAAAGAUAAUUAAAGAAAUAAUGAACGAAAGAAGUAACUGGCAAGUUGCUUUUUCAGAA